AUAUAUCACUCUAGUUAUAGUGAAAAUGGGCCGAGCUGAAGCUGAAAUCUUUGUUAAAGAACAAAUUGAAUCAAAUUUCAUAUUUGUUUUUUCAAUGACAUUUUGUCCGUACUGUACAAUGGCAAAGAAAGCGCUUGAUGCUGUCAAUGCUACUUACACGGUUUUGGAGAUAGAAGACAGAGUUGAUUGUGAGGAUAUACAAGAUGUGCUGGAGGAAAUGACUGGAGCUCGCACUGUCCCAAGAGUAUUUAUAAACCGCAAAUUUAUUGGCGGAGGCACUGAUUUAAAAAUGCUACAUGAAAAUGGAGAAUUAGAGAAGCUUGUGAAAUCAAGUUAAAAUAUUGUAUUAGUUUUGAAGUAUUUUUAAAUUAUUAGGAUGUAAUCUUGAAA